AUGGCAUCAUAUUCGCCCGUCAAGGAAGCAGGGCGCAUAUUUUCCUUCCUCUGCGAUCAAGCGGAGCGUCUCAAUUUACCCGAGGAAGUGGUCGCAGGACAGGAUUCUGUCUCCUUCAAUUCGACCCAUGACAAGAUCUACUUCCCAAUUCCCUUCAAGGAGACCGAAACACUUGCUGCGCUGAAGGGUGUCGAGGGAUCAGUGGCAGCUGCCAUCGCUGACCUAAGAUAUGGACCGGCUGCGCAGAAGCGAAAUGUGAAGAUUAACUUGGAGCGCGCAACCGCAUUCGGUUGCCAGGCCUACAUGGCCAAGGUGGACGGAUUGUCUAAAUUGGAUCCCGAGGUGAAGAAGAAGCUGAAGGAUACCGAUCUGCUUGCGGCCCAGUCAAAUGGAUACCGACGGAUGUCGGCAAAUCUAUACAGGACCAAGAACGAGGGCGAAUUCUAUCAUAUCCACGGCUCGCUCGAGGCCACGACGACGUUAAACAUGAUUGGGUUAGAAGGCCACCGUCCCGAUCUGACGGACUAUGAGGACGUCAUCAAGGUCAUUGAAAGCCAUGUUCAAAAGUACUCUGUCGCAGAGUUGGAGGAGAUGAACAAGGAGCGAAGGCAAGCCGGUGUCCCUGCGCUCAAGCAUGAGGAUUUCAUCAAGACGCCUCACGGCGAAUUGAACUUCCAACAGCCCCCAUGGAAGGUUACCAGGCUUCCAGGUGACAUUGCUCCAACACCAUUUCCCGCCGCCGAUGGCAGCAAGAAGAUCCUUAAAGGCGUCAAAGUGCUGGAACUGUGCCGCAUCAUUGCCGGGCCCACCGUUUCCCGCAUUCUCGCAGAAUACGGCGCCGAUGUCCUCAAGAUCACAAGUCCCCAACUUUCUGAUGUCCCGUUCUUCCAAGUCGACGGCAAUAUGGGCAAACAUGCCGCCGACCUCGACCUGAAGACGCCGGAAGGUCGUGAGAUUUUUGAGACUCUCCUCGCCGAUGCGGAUGUCCUCGUCGACGGAUACCGGCCUGGUGCUCUGGAUCGCCUUGGCUACGGCGCGUCAGCUCUCGCCGCACUUGCCGAGAAGCGCGGAAAGGGUAUUGUCUAUGUCAACGAGAACUGCUUUGGUUAUGAAGGGGAAUGGGCGGGUCGUCCUGGGUGGCAGCAGAUAGCAGAUUGCGUUACCGGCAUCGCAUGGGCGCAAGGCAAAUUCAUGAACCUCAACAACCCCGUCGUUCCGCCCUUUCCCAUCUCUGACUACGGCACGGGCUGUAUGGGCGCCAUCGCCGCCCUAACGGGUCUUUACAAUCGCGCCAAAUACGGCGGGUCGUACCACGGUAAGGCCUCGCUGAUGCACUACGAUCUCCUUCUCUUUGCUGUCGGCCAGUACGAUCAGGCUGUCCAGGAUGCUCUGCGCGCAGAGCAACCGAAGGAGUUCUUUGCCCUGCGUCACUGCGAUAGCGUCGACCGGAUCUCAUCAACGGUACUCAAGGGAAUGAAGGAGCGAUUCCCACACUUGUAUCUACCUCCGGGAGUGGAUGCUCAGGGUGAGGAGGUGUUGACGGAGAAGUGGUACUCGAAGGCUUACGGCGCGGACAUUGAGGUCGUCACGCCGAUCGCGCAGAUUGAUGGCGUGGAUAACAGCUUUGAGAGGGCGAGUCGGCCAAACGGCGUUGAUAGGCCUUCUUGGGAGGACUUCGCGGUGCAGGAGGAGGAUAGACGGCUGGCGUAG